CACAACAGCGUUAGUAGCUCGAGUAGCACCAGUGACCGGGGGGACAGGAUAUCCACGCUGCUAAUUCAUUGAUAGAACAUCUCUAUAGGGGUUUCAACGCUCAACAACACCCUAACACGGGGGUAACCGACAGGAACUGGUUGCAGCUUGAUAACCCCGCUCCAGCUGUUGGGAUAUGGCCAGGCCGGAACAGGUUCUGCUCCUGGAGCCUCAGCACGAACUGAAAUUCAGAGGUCCUUUCUCAGACGUGGUCACCACAAAUCUCAAGCUCUCCAACCCCACAGACCGAAAUGUGUGUUUCAAGGUUAAGACGACAGCACCGCGCCGGUACUGUGUGCGGCCAAACAGCGGCAUCAUCGAUGCAGGAACCUCAAUCAACGUUUCAGUUAUGCUGCAGCCUUUUGACUAUGAUCCCAACGAGAAGAGCAAACACAAGUUCAUGGUCCAGUCCAUGUUAGCACCUCCUGACAUGACCGACAUGGAGGGAGUGUGGAAGGAGGCUAAACCAGAGGAGCUGAUGGACUCCAAGCUGAGGUGUGUUUUUGAAAUGCCUGUGGAGAACGAGAAAACGCACGACAUGGAGUCCAACAAGAUGAUGUCGUCCAGCUUGCUGAAGUCAGAGUCCUCGCUUCCUCCAAAGUCAAUGAGCUCCACCCUGGACGACGGGGAGGUGAAGAAGAUCAUGGAGGAGUGCAAGAGGCUGCAGAUGGAGGCUCAGAGGCUACGGGAAGAAAACAAACAGAUCAGAGAGGAUGAUGGUCUGCGGAUGAGGAAGAGCAACAUGAUGUCAUCUCAGCACUCCUCAGUUGGCAUGAAGAGAGAGGAGGGCUUGAGCGCCCGCUCAGUGGCCCUCAUCGUCCUCUUCUUUGUGGUGGGCGUCAUCGUGGGCAAGUUGGUCUUGUAGACAGCAGCACAGUUGGGUCGGCCGCAGCAUGCUUUCUGGGGGGAAGAAAAACAAACACGGGAUCUGGGGUUUUUUUGCGGAUCAGAAAUGCCAUAAAGUCGCUGGGUGGGGGGUGGUACUAGUUUUGAUUCAGUCUCAUUUAUGUAAAAAAUUUCAAAGUAAUGUAUGAGAAAAAAGAAGAAAACUGAUUUAUGAUCAUAUGAACAAACCUACUGUUACAGGUCUUGCCUCUGCGUAAUCAUCACAUAAUCAUUCUGGCCCGCUUCCCAAAGUUUCUUGUAUAAAGAUGAAUGGUUUUGUGGGUGGGGGGGUUACUGAAACAUGAUUAAUGCUUGUGAUUCAGACCAAUGGAUUUUCUAACACCCGCGAGGUAGUGUUGGUGCAAUUGGGUCAGUUUGCAAUUGUACGAAUGUCAUUUUAGUGUAUUGUUGUUUCUUUUUCUAAAUGAUGGAGGCCAGAGCCGAUGUAUAUUUCAGCAUAACCCCCUCUCCUUCCCCCCACUGUACAGUACAUCCAGGUGUUCCUUCCAGCUAAACCCCCUUUAAGGAAGGGAUUUACCAGAGAGAUGAUCCACACAGUUGGGGUUAUACACAGGGCUAUCAAACUGACUCGUCCAAUCAGAGGCUUUGUAAAAUCAGCUCAUCUUUGAUUGUAGAGCGACCGUGAUCAGUGUAUGAAACACUAUACCAUAGGUAUUUUCUUUCCUCAUGUUUUUAUUUUCACUCUACCGUACUCCUGUCACCUGUCACUUAAUGCUCACCACACCCCUAGAUGUCAAAGGGGGAUGUUUGAUUGCAUGCGUUCACACAACAAGAGUGUUGCAUCUGGACUUUUGCAUCUAAUUUAAUUGCUUUUUUAAUGGUGAUAAUAUGUAAUUUGGCUGUAGGUUUGCACAACUACAUUUUCUGAUUUGUUUUUUUUCUCUUUUGUGUUUUGUUUUGUUUUUAUGAUUUUAAGUAAAUUUUGUUUUUGUUGUUGUUGUUAGGGUUGAAGCAUUUAAGAAUAUCGCAGCUACCAGAAAUGAGCUCCAGAUUUGUAGGUUUAGAUCAUUUCUGUAAAUGUUCUCCAGAUGAAAGUCUUGCCUUGUGACCUGUUUGGGCAAGUUAUUCUCAGGCCAAGAUGGAGGUAUAUAUACGUAUAUUUACAUUUACACAGUACAAUAAUAUAUACACACGCACAGUCAGAGAAAGCAUGCAUACAUAUAGUAGAAAAAAACGGACAGGAGGUGCAUGUAGAGAUGAAUGGUUAUGUUUUCAUGUAGACAUCAACAACACCGAGGUCCAGUGUCCUAGCAAAGGGGCUUUGGUCUUUUCCUGCUCUUUUUUGUUUCCUACUGAGCCAUACAUUUGUUGACUUUCUAUUUUUGUUCAGAGCAAAUGUAUGUCAGAAAUCAACUGAGUGUUAUGAGCUGCCUGUUCUCCACUGCUGGUGAGUUUGCUGGGUUUUUUUCUUCCACUCCACUGCAGUCCACCUUUUUUGGGGGUGUUUGUGCAGCAUUUAUCCGUUGCUUAUUAAUGUUAUAUCCUCACUGCAUUUGAAGUCGUGUUUAUUUUAAUGCACCAAGAUUAAGUGUGUCUCUUCUUUGAUCUUCCUGCAGCAUACAGCACUUCUUAAAGUAAAAUAGAGAGAGGAGAGAGAGGUGUACAGCAGCCUAGCUUAAAGCCUUGAGGGGACCACAUGAUGACAUUGUACUGUUCUAACGCCAAUGGUUAUUUUCUCGUCAAAAUGAACAAACAAACCAUGAAAAAACCCUAAACUGUUAAAUUGUUUCAUAUCCAGAUUUGCAUGAGGACAAAAACAGUGACGUGUGCAUCUUACUUUGCAAUAUUUCACAGAAAAUUCCAGUUGUCUAUAUCAUUGAAUGCCUUUUUCCCUCACAGAGGGAAUUCCCUUGCUAAAUUGAAAGAAAUCUGAAAAAAAAGCCACCAUCUUUCCAUGUAAAGUGGAGUGGAACGUAAUGGAUCUGAGUGUAGGGUAAAUGAUUUAAAUAAACAUGAGCUUGUGUUUGAACUGUAUCUCUGUAAAGUUGUUGGGUUGAGGAUGACUUGCUGCUUAGAGGGAGGGCAGAGCUGACCUCGAGCUACAGUCCCGUCUUGGGUUCUUAGACCUGGGUCACAUAGUACUUGCAGAAAAUUCUUCUUGUUCAGUAAAUCCUGGUUGGAGCAUCAGAACAUUUUAACCAAGGAAAAAAAAUUUAAAUGUACCAAAAUAAAAUGCUAUGUGAUUAAUUUACAAGUAUCCUGCUUUGAUUCAGUAAAUGCAACUAAUCUGGCACUCCAAACAGGAACAGACAGACAUUGAUAAUUACUUGUAAAUACUAGCUGGUCCAGGCAUGGUUGUAAAAACACACUACACUGACCUGUUCUGGAGCCUGACCAUCACCGUGAUCAAUGUAAGCAGUCGGGAAACUGUUUUGUAUGUAUAUAAAUAAAUAAAUAAGUCUAUCUGAGAAGAUUAAUAUUCCUAGUCAAGUAGUCUCUCUGGUGUAUAAAACAUCCCAACCUGGUUGGACUAUGUAGCAUCUUAAUAAAUUAAAUGAAUUAA